AUGGACACACCUGGAUAUAAUCAAUGUUUAUUUCUUGACAAUAGUAAUCAUUUUCUGAGUUUUCUCUUCUAUAUGGGCAUCUAUUAUAGUCUGAUAUCGGCUUUUUCAUCACCGGCAUCGACUAAUAAUCGAGAUGCCCAUUCAAUACUACGCUUAAAAUCAUUAAAAAAGCGGCGACGUCGUCAUAAGCGACAUCAUUUACUAAAUCAUUUUUUCUUGGGUGCCAGUCAGUUUUUUGCCAAUAGACAAACUCAUACAUGUCUUUUUCAUGAAUAUUAUACAUUAAAUUCAAGUUCUGAUACAUUAUCACCCGUCAAUUUACAUCUUUCAUUACCGGAAUCAACUCUUACAACAACAAUAAUACGUCCGAUCAAAUGUACAAUAGCAAUAAGAAGAGACUCGUUGAAAUUAAUUCAUUUUGAUGAUGAUUGGUAUACAAUUGAUUUUAUUUUUGAUGCUGAUCGACCCGUUGAAAUUUACAUCUAUUUUAUGGCACAUGAAAUUCAUGCACAUAAUAUUGGAUCUUUAUCAUAUAUGUGUUGUACGAAAACGAAGCAAUCAGUUACAUUUAAACAGUAUCAUGCGUUUACUCGCCCCGCUGGUCACGGACAAGUAUUUUCAUCGAUUAAGCAUGGCAUUCGAUUUCCAUUAUCAGUAGUCAAUGAAGAACAUUAUGAAUGUACAAUGGCAGAACGAUUGUAUCCUAUUGUUAUUGUUUGUAAAGCAAUCAAUGCCAAGUUAAUAAAAAAUCCAAAAACUAUAUGUGGAACAGUAGUGAAUCAUCAUGAAGAUGUUUCUACAACAGUCUUUCCAAAAUUUGACCAGUAUCAUAUCGUUUUAGCAACAGUAAGAUAUUUUCAAUUAAACAGUCGAACAACUACAACAACAGCAAUACCUUCUGAUCAUGCGUCAGUUAUUUUACUUAGUCAAAAACAUGUUUUUAAUGGAAUAAUUUUUAAAUUAUUUGAAAUUUACGGUACUGAAAAUCAUCAUUUUAAAUUUGCAACCAACAAUGUACAUGAUCGACGGAAAAGCACGACACGUAGAAAACUUCUAAUUAAAGCCGUUACAACAUCAAGCAUUGCCAAGAAUGAAUCCCUGUCAGUUACGAACCUACCAAAUCGUAUCAAUGAUACAUCAUUGUUUAAUCAAGCAAAUAAACAGACGCGUAAAACAAAAAAGUCUUUAUCGUGUUUGGAUUUAAUAAUGAAUAAUAGAAAUGAAAGUACAUGCGUUAUUUGUCUAACGGAUAUACGAAAUGUUUUACUUCUUCCAUGCCGACAUUUAUGUCUAUGUAGAUCUUGUGCUGAGAAUCUCAAGUUUCAAUCAGCAAAUUGUCCGAUAUGUCGUAUACCAUUUCGCGCUUUGCUCGAAAUUAAUGCCUUACGUCAUCGAGAAUUUCAUCAUUGUUAUAAUGAUGAAUAUGAUGAACAUUUAUAUGAAAAUAUAUCAAUUAUCGAUGCUUUAAAUUUAGCAACUACAAUUACAAAGAAAGAUUCCUUCAAACAAAUAACAACAGAUGAUUUUCGUAUUAAUCAUAAACCAAUAUCACCGAUUGAUUUCAAGUAUUUUUGCAGUGAACAUUUUGUAUAA